AUGUAUUCCGAGGGCAAGGUUCAGGCGCUCAAUGAGACGUGGGAGGGCAAGUCCAUCAACCUCCUGUGGGAGCUGACCGACAUGGUGAACGGCUGGGAGGAUUUGUUUGCGGAGGGGGACGAGGCGUGUCCGGCGGCCACCGCGGAUGACGAGAGGGAGGCGGCAGUGGAGCAAGAACGUGGACGACUGCGAGAAGACGCUGGCGAGACGUGGGUACCCACUGCCAACUACGAGCAAGUCAGGCGCCUGAUGUUGCAUGCGUAUCAGAAGGAUGAAUACGCAACGGAGAAGGGCCGCGCGCAGAUCAUCGACAACUGGGGGAUUUGA